AUGGAAUAUACUAAUCUUCUCCGCCAGCUCGAUAUACGGCCAACUGCCGAUGAAGCUCGAAAUGCUUACAACCAGGAAUGGACGCCGUCUACUCAACCCACGCUUCUUCCCGUUUGCGCAUCCGCUCCUGCCGAUCUUCUGACUCCCUCCGCCAUUUACCUGAAGCUAUCCUCGGGCGCAACUGCCGAAUACUCAUUCCUUCUCGAGAGUGCCACAGGUAGCACAGAAACUGUCGGAAGAUACAGUUUUAUCGGCGCCAACCCUCGAAAGGUGCUGGCUACCGGCGAUGGCUACCAACACUCUGGCGACCCUCUCAAGACCCUCGAGGCCGAGCUCUCUCACGACCGCGUUCUCGAUAUCCCCUCACUAAGACUGCCCGCGCUAUCCGGGGGUGCCGUUGGCUAUGUUUCCUAUGACUGCAUCAAGUACUUUGAGCCCAAGACGGAACGACCGCUGAAGGACAACCUCAAGAUUCCCGAGGCUUUGUUCAUGCUCUUCGACACCAUUGUCGCUCUGGAUCACUUCCGCUCGACAUUGACUAUCGUUACACACAUGAAACUACCAAAGAACCCAUCGGACGAUAUCCAACCUGCCUACGAUGAGGCCUGUGAGACCCUCAAAAAGACUCUCGACAUUAUCUUCCAACCCGAGACUCCCCUGCCAAAGCAAACACUUAGUGCGCAGUCCGAGUCUGAUCAGCAGUUUUCCUCAAACGUCGGUCGCAAGGGUUACGAGACUUUUGUUACAGAGCUCAAGAAGUACAUUGUCAAGGGUGACAUUAUCCAGGCCGUGCCCUCGCAAAGGUUCCGUCGUAGCACACAGCUUCACCCCUUUAACAUCUACAGAACUCUUCGAACGUUGAAUCCUUCGCCAUAUGUCUUUUUCCUGUCUUGCGCAGACUUUCACAUUGUUGGCGCUUCACCAGAGUGUCUCAUGAAGACUGAUGGCUACGCUCCUCUACCUUCCGAUUCUCGAUUUGGUUACUCAGCAGCUGAGGCUCGAUCAAGGCCCCGUAUUGUCAACCAUGCCAUUGCCGGAACAAUUCACCGUGGAAAGAAUGCGGCUGAGGAUGACAGAUUGGCAGCUGAGCUUCUUGCAUCCAAAAAGGAUCGCGCUGAGCACGUCAUGUUGGUUGACCUUGCCCGAAACGAUGUGAACCGUGUUUGCCACCCUACUACCGUCAAGGUUGAUCGACUUAUGCGAAUUGAUCGCUUCUCUCAUGUUCAGCACAUCACCUCUGAGGUUUCAGGAGUGUUGCGGCCCGAAUGCACACGUUGGGAUGCCCUACGAUCCAUCUUCCCUGCUGGUACCGUCUCUGGAGCACCCAAGAUCCGAGCCAUGGAGUUGAUCUACGACUUAGAGCAGGAGAAGCGUGGAAUCUACGCCGGAGCUGCGGGAUGGUUCGGUUACGACAUUGUUCGUGUCGACGACAGCAGCGAGCAGCAGGACAAGAUCUUUGUUGACGAAGGACCCAUGGAUACCUGUAUUGCCAUUCGAACAAUGCUUGUCAAGGACGGUGUGGCAUACAUGCAAGCCGGCGGUGGUAUCGUCUACGACAGUGAUCCUACAGACGAGUGGAUGGAGACGAUGAACAAGUUGUCUGCCAACCUUCGCUGCGUGGAGCUGUCCGAGAGAUACUUUGGAGAUGGAGUUAGCACCAAGACAGUAGAGGAGAUUAUUGCUAUCGAGAGGAAAAAGGGAGAGGAGGAGAUCAAGGCAGCUGAACAGUAA